UGUGCUGAGUCUCUUGCUGAGCUUUAUCGUUUGUUAAAUGAAGAUGACAGGAGAUUUGGAUUGUGGAAGAAUAGGUCCAACACCACCGAAUCGAGAGCUGGGCUUUCAAUGGUUCAACAUGGAUUUUGGCAACGUGCUCAGAGCCUAUUUUAUCAGGCAAUGGUUAAGGCAACCCAAGGCACUUACAAUAACACAGUACCUAAGGCCGAAAUGUGCCUGUGGGAGGAGCAAUGGCUCCACUGUGCCACUCAACUUGGUCAGUGGGAUGCCCUGGUAGAUUUUGGAAAAAGCACCGAGAAUUAUGAAAUUUUGCUUGAUAGUCUUUGGAAAGCUCCAGAUUGGGCAUACUUGAAAGAUCAUGUGAUACCCAAAGCACAAGUGGAAGAGACGCCGAAGCUUCGUUUGGUUCAAGCUUGUUUUGCCCUUCAUGAAAAAAAUGCAAACGGUGUAGGAGAUGCUGAAAACAUAGUUGGGAAAGGCGUUGAUCUUGCUUUGGAACAGUGGUGGCAGUUACCGGAAAUGUCUCUUCAUGCUAGGGUGCCUCUACUGCAGCAAUUUCAACAACUAGUGGAGGUGCAAGAGUCUUCUAGAAUUUAUGUUGACAUCACAAAUGGGAGUAAAGUUCCUGGAAAU